UGGGUCCAGGAGGCAUGACCUUGAAGCGAUGGAGUUGUUCUAUGCAAUGCAUGUUUGGAAGGAGGAGCCUAAGCCCAACUCAAUUACUGUGGCCAUUAUCCUUCCUGUGUGUGCCCGGUCAAGAGAUUUGCAUGCUGGCAAGAGUGUCCAUGCUCAUGUGAUUAAAUCUGGAUUUGAAUCAGAGACGCUUGUUGGAAAUUCUCUAGUAUCUAUGUAUGCAAAAUGCAGUUGUUUAGGUGAUGCCUUUGUUGCAUUUCGUGGGAUUGCUUAUGAAGAUGUUGUCUCGUGGAAUGCAAUUAUAUCUGGGUAUGCGGAGAAUGGGUUCUUUGCUGAUGCAUUUGAAUUGUUCCGCCAGAUGUUGGCAGUUGAUUGUGAUCCUAAUUAUGCUACAAUUGUUAAUAUCCUUCCUGUUUGUGUUUUGCUAGAACAUGAUGGAAAAUACCGUUUUGGGGAGCAGAUUCAUGGUUAUGUGAUGCGGCGGCCCCAGUUGGUGGCAGAUAUUUCUGUAUACAAUGCUCUGGUGAGUUUCUACUCUAGGAUUGGAAGGUUGGCAGAAGCAGAAUCCAUAUUCUGUGGGAUGAAAUCAAGAGAUUUAGUUUCAUGGAAUGCCAUAAUUGCAGGAUGUGCAUCUAAUGGUGAACCAUGGAAAGCAUUGGAGUUGUUUUAUAAAUUGCUGUCAAUGGAAAUGGUGGAGCCAGAUUCUGUAACUCUUGUGACCAUACUUCCAAUUUGUGCCCAACUAUGCAAUGCACAAGAGGGGAAGAGGAUCCAUGAGUAUAUAAUCCAACAUCCUGAACUGUGUCAGGACACGGCUGUAGGUAAUGCCCUAAUAAGCUUUUAUGCAAAAUGCAACGACAUGGAAGCUGCAUUGAAGAUAUUCUCGACAAUUCCUCGGAGAGAUCUUAUAUCAUGGAACACAAUGCUUGAUGCGUAUGCAGAACGUGGAUGUGCAACCCAGCUUGUCUAUCUUUUACACCGGAUGCUCAAGGAAGGAUUGCAACCUGACUCCAUAACUCUCUUGACCAUUCUUCAUGUUUGUGCCAAUGUUUCCAGGGAGGCAAUGGUUAAAGAAGUUCAUGGUUAUUCUAUUAGAAAGAGUUUGUUACCAUGUGACCUGGAACCAAGUGUUGGAAACAUGAUACUUGAUGCAUACACCAAAUGUGGGAACAUGGACUAUGCAUUCAAGACUUUUGAGAGUUUAUUAGGGAGGAGGAAUGUGGUCACAUGCAAUUCACUGAUCUCAGGUUUUGUUGAUUGUGGGUCCUGGGAAAAUGCAGAGAUGAUUUUUGGUAAUAUGUCAAAAACAGAUCUCACCACAUGGAAUCUGAUGGUCCGGGUUUAUGCUGAAAGUGAUUACACCACUCAAGCUCUUAGUCUAUUCCACGAGUUACAAGCUCAGGGAAUGAGACCUGAUGCUGUAAGUGUUAUGAGCCUUAUUCCAGUUUGUGCCCGUUUGGCCUCAGUCCACCUGCUCAAGCAGUGCCAUGCCUUUGUAUUAAGAUCUUGCUUUGAAGAUCUCCGCUUGAAUGGAGCUCUCUUGGAUAUGUAUGCGAAAUGUGGAUCCAUUGACUAUGCGUAUAAGUUCUUCCAGUCAUGUUCCCAGAAGGAUCUGGUUAUGUUCACAGCCAUUGUGGGCGGGUAUGCAAUGCAUGGAAUGGGAGAAGAGGCACUUAGGGUCUUCUCCGAGAUGCUUGAGUUGGGAAUAAAGCCAGACCAUGUCAUUUUUACUGCCAUUCUAUCAGCUUGCAGUCAUGCAGGCCUUGUCAACGAAGGGUUUAAGCUUUUUGAGUCCAUAGAGAUGGUCCACGGGAUUAAACCCACCAUGGAGCACUAUUCUUGUGUGGUGGAUCUUCUUGCUCGUGGAGGACGCUUGCAAGAUGCAUAUUCCUUUGUAAAUAGUAUGCCUGUUGGAGCUAAUGCAAAUGUAUGGGGCACAUUGCUUGGUGCCUGUAGAACCCAUCAUGAGGUGGAGCUCGGGCGGGUUGUAGCAGAUCAUCUUUUUGAGGUCGAGGCUGGCGAUAUUGGGAACUAUGUACUAUUGUCAAACAUAUAUGCAGCAGAUGCUAGAUGGGAUGGGGUCAACAAGGUAAGAAGAUUGAUGAAGAUGAGAGAUCUAAGGAAGCCAGCUGGAUGUAGCUGGAUUGAAGUCCAGAGAAAGAUGAAUGUUUUUGUAGCUGGAGAUUCCUCUCAUCCACAAAGAAGCCUCAUUUACAAUAUGUUAAGCACAUUGGACCAACAGAUUAAAGAGCCAUGUUGCAGUAGUGAAAACAUCGUGGGUGUCAAUUAAGUAUGAAAUAAGAUUAUCAGGACCCCAUAUAGGGAAGAACCUCAUGCAAGGUUCCAAAACAGGAUUAGUAUUCCCAGUGAAAGAGGAUGCUUUCAAGCAAACUGAAAGCUCAUUGAGAACAGAGCUGUGAAUUAGAAGAUUUGAAGUAAACAUAGGGUAGACUGAGAGGAUAUUCUUAUAGUCACAUGGAGCAUAACAAAUGCUAGCCUUGAUGGAUUUUUAUUUAUGGUUUCACCUCCAUUUAUGAGAUGGUAUCUUCACUUUCAA